AUGGAGCCUCCUCCCUGGAUUGAUCCUGGUAAUGCAUUUAGAAUAGUGGUUAAGGUUGAAAAGUAUAAGGCAUUUGCGGAGUCUGGUAUUGUACAAAUUGAUGAACAAGAACAUGUGCUGUGUGAAGCUGAUUGGAAGGUUAGGAAAAAUGAGCAUUUUAAGUCAAUGAUUAAGCACAGAUGGAAUGUUGGAGUAGAAAAUGUUAGUGUAGAAGUUGUGGACAGAUGGAAUGAAGGGUACCAGAAUGUUAACAGUUGUGCAGGGUCAGUAGGCAUUUCUGGAGUAACAAAUGAAGACACUCAACAAGAUGGUGAAGCUUAUGUUCUGACUGAUGAGGACAUGGUUUAUGAGGCAAUGGGCUUCAAAGCAACAGAUGAGGCAGCAGCUCAAGCAGCAGCACAAGCAGCAGCAGAAGAAGAAGAAGGUUCUAUCCCUGACAUUCCUCCUGACGUACAAGAAGAGAUGCAUGAGGAUGGAAUUAAUGUUGAUGACAAUGAACCUUCAGAGCCAAUACUUGAGUGGGAUAGGGACAACCCAGACAUGAGGGUGGGCACAAUCUAUCCUAACAUGGUAGAUUUUAAAUUGGCAGUUAGACAGCAUGCUAUAGUCAAUGAGUUUGAGCUGAGAACUGAAAAGUCAAACAAAGAAAGAUUCAGGGGGCAUUGCUUGGCUAAAUGGUGUCCAUGGGUCCAAAUAAACAAUGCAAUUCAUAAGUGUGCUUCAAGAAGCAGAGUGGUGGGCAAAAUGGCCAAUCAAGCAUGGGUUGCUGAGAGGGCCAUACCUUUGCUCAAGAGGAAGCUUGGAAUGGGUGUUGCAGAUGUGAAGGAAGCAUUGGAGGACAAGUACAAAAUUAAGAUGAACUACCAGACAGUUUGGUUUAAGGCAGAAGUUGAGUUGAGGCAGCCUGGUAGUGUAGUUGAGAUAGAUACUGUCAAAAUUGGAGAGAAGCACCAUUUCAACGGAUUUUUUUGUGCUUUCAGAGAUAGUAUAGAUGGAUUUUUGUAUGGGUGCAAACCUUACAUUAGUAUAGAUUCCACAGCUUUGAAUGGGCAGUGGAAUGGACAUAUGCCUGCAGCCUUAGCUUUAGAUGGCCAUAAUUGGAUGUUCCCUUUGGCCUUUGGUUUUUUUGAUUCAGAGACCAAGGAAAAUAGGAUUUGGUUCAUGGAGCAGUUAGGCAAGGCCAUUGGGGUACUUCCAAGAAUGGCUAUUUGUACUAAUGCUUGCAAGGGCCUAGAAUCUGCUAUGAAGCAUGUUUUCCCAUGGGCUGAACAGAGGGAAUGUUUCAGGCACUUGAUGGAAAACAUGAAGAAGAAGUUCACAGGAAAUGUGUAUGCUGAAAACAUGUGGCCUGUUGCAACAACUUACUCAGUUGCCAAGCACAAUUAUUUUAUGAGUAAAGUCUUGGAAGCUAGCCCUGAAGUAGGAAAAUGGUUAGAUGAGCACCAUAAUCUCUUGUGGGCCAGAUCCAAGUUCUCUUCAGACAUCAAAUGUGACUACAUCCUCAACAAUUUGGCUGAGUCUUGGAAUGCAUGGAUCAAAUAA